AUGUCCCUCCCCCGAAACGCCCUUCGCAGCAUCCCCGCACUGACAGCUCGUCGCACACUCACCACCCGCGUCCUCGCCUCUUCCCUCAGAAUGUCGCCCACACAAAACAUAGCAAAGAGGCGGCUACACGCUACCAUCCAGCAGUUCCAGGCCGCUACAGCCGUCGCGCCCACGACCACGCAAGCUUCCCACGAGAAAAUCGCUUCCCCGGCCGACACCACCAACUUCAUUGACAACCAGUUUGAGGCCUCACAAACCUCGCAAUGGAUCGAUCUCCACGAUCCAGCCACCAACAACCUGGUCACCCGCGUACCACAGUCCACCGAUGCCGAGCUCCGCGCCGCCGUCGAGUCUGCGCAGAAGGCGUUCCCCGCCUGGAAAGCUACUAGCAUUAUGCACCGUCAGCAGGUCAUGUUCAAGCUUACAGCCCUCAUCCGCGAGAACAUGGACCGCCUCGCCAACUCCAUCACAAUCGAACAAGGCAAGACUUUUGCAGACGCCAAAGGCGACGUCCUGCGUGGCCUGCAGGUCUGCGAGACCGCCUGCGGGAUCACAACCCAAUUCACCGGCGAGGUCAUCGAGGUGGCCAAAGAUAUGGAGACACGCAGCUACCGCGAGCCUCUCGGUGUCACUGCCGCUAUCUGCCCUUUCAACUUCCCUGCCAUGAUCCCGCUAUGGUCCAUCCCCCUCGCCACCGUGACAGGCAAUACCCUGAUCCUUAAGCCGUCAGAGCGCGAUCCCGGCGCCGCCAUGAUCCUCGCCGAGCUCUGCGUCAAGGCUGGCAUCCCUCCUGGAGUAGUCAACAUUGUGCACGGCAGUGCCAAGACGGUCGAUUUCAUCCUUGACGAGCCCGCCAUCAAGGCCAUCUCCUUUGUCGGCUCCAACAAGGCCGGCGAGUACAUCUAUACGCGUGGCAGCGCCAAUGGCAAGCGCGUACAGGCCAACUUGGGCGCCAAGAACCAUGCCGCCGUGCUGCCGGACUGCAACAAGAAUCACGCUCUGAACGCCAUUGCGGGCGCCGCCUUUGGCGCGGCCGGCCAGCGCUGCAUGGCGCUAUCCACGCUCGUGCUGGUGGGCAAGGAGACUCAGCAGUGGAUGCCCGAGCUGGCAGAGCGCGCCAAAAACCUUACCAUCAACGGCGGCUUCGAAGCCGAUGCUGACUUGGGCCCGCUGAUCUCGCCACAAUCGAAGAAGCGUGUCGAGGAUCUGAUCGCGAGCGCGGAGCAGGAAGGCGCCACAAUCUUACUAGACGGCAGAGGUCAGAAGCCCAGCGACCCUAAGUACAGCGAGGGCAACUGGGUCGGCCCCACCAUCAUCACGAACGUCAAGCCGCACAUGAAGUGCUACACCGAGGAAAUCUUCGGUCCUGUGCUUGUGUGCCUGAACGUUGAGACAACAGAGGAGGCCAUUGAGCUCAUUAACGCCAACGAGUACGGCAACGGUGCCUCAGUCUUCACGCGCUCCGGCCCCACCGCUUCCCUCUUCCAACACACCCUCGAAGCCGGCCAAAUCGGCAUCAACGCACCCAUCCCCGUGCCCCUCCCCAUGUUCAGUUUCACGGGCAACAAGAAAUCCGUCGCCGGCACCGGCAUGGCCAACUUCUACGGCAAGGACGGCAUCCGCUUCUACACCCAGUGGAAGACCGUGACCAGCCUGUGGCGCGCCGAGGACGCGCUCGCGACGCAGAAGGAGACGAGCAUGCCUACGCAGUCGUAA